AUGGGUCUGGGAGGAAGUGACCGUGUGUACACAGGGUGUGAGCGCUGCCUGACCGAUGACCCCCGGGGGCCUCCAGGAGCACUCAAGCUGCUGAUGACCUGCAGAUUCAGCCCUCCAGCCCUGCUGGUGAAAGGUUGUGGGCCCAGCGCCGCUGGUGCGGAUGCCCUUUGGGAACCCUCUGUCCCUGAGUGGCCGUCGCCGGUGGUCGGGCGGCCGCAGCGGGGUGACUUGGCUCCUGGGUCAGCAGCGCUGGCGCCUGGCCACCAAGUCGCCCUGAGUUGGAGGGGGCCGUGGGGAGUAGGGGCUGGGCUUCAGAAUCUGGGGAACACCUGCUACGUGAAUGCAGCGCUGCAGUGCCUGAGCCACACGCCGCCCCUGGCCAGCUGGAUGGUGUCCCAGCAGCACGCCACCCUCUGUCCGGCCAGCACCUCCUGCACGCUCUGUGCCAUGCGAGCUCACGUGACCCGAGCCCUCCUUCACCCGGGAGAGGUGAUCCGGCCCCGCAAGGACCUGCUGGCGGGCUUGCACAGACACCAGCAGGAAGAUGCCCACGAGUUUCUGAUGUUCACUCUGAAUGCCAUGCAGCAAGGGUGCUUGAGUGCAUCCCAGCUGUCGGGCCAUCCCUCCGAGGACACCACCCUCAUCCGGCAGAUCUUCGGCGGGACUUGGAGGUCUCAGAUCCAGUGUCUCCACUGCCUCGGAGUCUCGGACACGUUCGACCCUUAUCUGGACAUCAGCCUGGAUAUCACGGCGGCUCAGAGUGUGGAGCAAGCUCUGAGAGAGCUGGUGAAGCCCGAGAAGCUGGACGCUGAAAACACCUAUGACUGUGGCGUUUGUCUCUGGAAGGUGCCUGCCACCAAGAGGUUGACUUUGGACAGCACGUCCCAGGUCCUGGUGCUGGUGCUGAAGCGGUUCACACAGGUGAGUGGGGCCAAAAGGGCUCAGGAAGUGCGCUCUCCCCAGUGCCUUGACCUGCAGCCCUACACGUCUGAGCGGAAGGCAGGGCCACUGGGCUACGUGCUCUAUGCCGUGCUGGUGCACUCCGGGUGGAGCUGUGAGCGAGGACACUACUUUUCUUACGUGCGAGCGGGCAACGGCCAGUGGUAUAAGAUGGACGAUGCCAAGGUGAGCGCCUGUGACGAGAGUGCUGCCCUGAGCCAGAGCGCCUACGUGCUCUUCUACUCCCCAGAGGAGAAAGGAGACGAUGGCCUGAGCCCUGCGAGGGACAAGGAGGAGCGGGUGCAGGUCUGUGAAUCGUCUCCUUCUGGCCGGUCAGGCUCUCAAAAACGCCGCAAACGUCGAGCAGGGUCUGGGGAGGAGAUGGGCGACCAGUCUCUAUGGGUGGAAUGUCCUUGGGAGGCAUAG